AUGAUAUCUGUGUGCGUUGCACUGAGUUUCGUCGGCCUUGUGCUGGCAGAAGUUGAGGUAAACAAAGAUGGCGUGCUUGUUCUAACCACCGACACAUUCCAAGAAGCCCUUGACUCAGCAGAUUACGUCUUAGUAGAAUUCUAUGCACCUUGGUGUGGUCAUUGUAAAGCUCUGGCUCCCGAAUGGGCUAAGGCUGCUCAGAAGCUUCUCUCAGACUAUCCUGACCUCUCCGUGAAACUUGCCAUGGUAGAUGCUACUGUGGAAUCUUCACUGGCUAAAGAUCACGGAGUCAGGGGAUACCCCACUAUCAAAUUCUUCAGGAAAGAAGCCAAAACUGAACCUAAGGAUUAUUCCGGAGGCAGACAGGCGAAUGACAUUGUGAACUGGCUUCUGAAGAAGACCGGACCGCCAGCAGUUGACCUGACCAGUGUGGAGGAGGCAGAGAAAUUCAUCGACGCAGAGAAGAUUGCAGUUAUUGGAUUUUUCGAAAAGAGCGAUUCCGAUGCUGCCAAGGCUUUCAUCUCCGCAGCUCAAGCCAAGGACGAUGUCAAGUUUGCCAUUUCCACAGUUGUUGCAGUGCGAGAGAAGUAUGAGGUGGCUGCCGACAAAGUGGUAGUGUUCCGAAAGUUCGAUGAGCCGCAAGUGGUGUUCGAGGGAGAAAUGACCGCGGAAGAGCUGAAGAGUUUCGUUGCUAAAGCCCAGCUGCCUUACAUCAUCGAAUUCUCAGACGAGACGGCGCCACAAAUCUUCGGCGGAGACAUCAAGACACAUGCGCUCUUCUUCUGCAACGUCAAGGAGGCAACUGAGAUGUUGGAGGAAUUCAAGAAAGCGGCCAAGGGCCUGAAGGGCAAGGCUGUGUUCGUCUACCUCGACAUCGCCAAGGACUCCAAUGCAAGAGUCAUGGAAUUCUUCAACCUCAAGGCCGAAGACGGCACUCAGCUUCGCGUGAUCAAGAUGGGCGGCGAUAUGAAGAAGUUCAAAGCCGACCUGACUGAAUUCACUGAGGCUACAUUCACCGCCUUCGUGCAGGAUGUGCUAGAUGGUAAAGUGCAACGACACCUAAUGAGUGAAGAGAUUGCGGAGGGAUGGGACAAAGAGCCUGUGAAGGUGCUGGUUGGAAAGAACUUCGAAGAAGUGGCCAUGGACAAGACCAAGGACGUCCUUGUCGAGUUCUAUGCACCUUGGUGCGGUCACUGUAAGGCCCUGGCUCCCAUCUAUGACGAACUUGGAGCGCACUUCCAGGACAGCACUGAUGUAGUGAUUGCCAAGGUAGAUUCCACCAAGAACGAAGUGUCAGCUGUCGAUGUCCAGGGAUUCCCCACCAUCUACUUGUUCCGAAAAAAAGACAACAAGGCUAUUCUGUACAACGGAGGCCGAACCCUAGAAGCCCUGAAGAGCUUUGUGGAGUCGAGGGGCGAAGUACAGAAGGAGGACGAAGAAGGGGCGGAAGAAGAGGAGGAAGACGAAGAAGAAGGGGAGGGGACAGGAGAGGCCCCGACUGACGACCACUCCAAGGACGAGUUGUAAACACAACACGACAUCAAAACAUCUCACAAUUUUAAGUGCGCUGACCGCCACUCCUCAACUAAAACACUGAAAUCAUUAUUAGAAGUCACUAUCACGCAACAUAUUUCUUGACAUCAUCAUAACAUCGAUACCAUGUUGCUGAGUCCGUGGUACAUAACAGCUGCAAUAGUAGGGGAAAGCUUACGUAAUAUCAUGAGGCGACAUUCUGUUGCACUACGUACAAAAGGUUGUUACCCAGGAAGUUACAAAUUGUAAUGCAACAACAUCGCUGGUAAAGCAAAAUGCAAAAUAAACAACUGGUACAGUUUAAUUGCAAUUGAAUUUUUAAUUUAAAGACAUCAUUAUUUGUUAACUAUAGUUGUCAUUAUAUGUCAACUUUGAAUAAAUGUUUAAUAUUGUAGUUUGCUGGGUUAAUAUUGAGAUUUGUUAAAAGGGCUUAUACAUUUGUGGAAACCAGGUAGUAAAAAUAUGAAUGAAAUGAAGUUUUGUUAAAUAGCGACAAUCCCUCAUUAUGCUUGAUGUUCUCAACACUGCUUAAAAGUGCUAAAAAAAUAAGUUUUGAUUAUAUUCAAAAGGGAAAAAAAAAGAAGUUAUUAUUUUGAUUAAAUGUGCAUACGUGAGUGCUAACUUUGCCUUGUCGUUACAAUGACAUAUGUGGGAGAUCGUCAGUAUAAUUGUACUUAAAGCCUUUGCGUAUCUGCUUCUUCUCUCGGCUCUUUGUUAUCCGACAUUCAUGAAUUUUUUUAGGCAAAAUGCCGAGGUUCAAAAUGUCAAGAUGCACAAAUUUGAUUAGAAAUGGCCAAAUAUUGUCGAAUUGGUUCUCUACUUUCUGAAAAAGUUGAAUUAUUUUGUGAAAAAAUGGUGCAGCCGGGAAAAGAAAAGAACUCAGUUAUAGUUGUGCUCUUCCAUUGCCGCUCUCUACAUAAUGUACAUACGCUAAUUAAGUUGUCGGCCCUUGGUCUCCUCUUCCUUUACAAAAUCAACGUUAUGUCCUCAUGAUUUUGAUAACUUUUGAUUUGUUGGCAUUUGCGUAAGUUGGUAAUGAUGUACAGUUACUUAUGUAAAGUAACAUAAUUACUCGGUUUGAUCUUGCUUAUCCAUAUGUUAUAUUGACUGUUGCUGUUAUAUUACAUCGAAUAAAUUAAGGUAAAUCUGAAAUUUACUCUUACUAAAUCUUA